AUGGAAGAGGCUUGUGCGGCAUCUGGAUGCUCCGGAGUGACUGCUGCAAAAGCCGCAACAUCAGCAGCAAGCGUCGCUCCUCAGGCUGGCGUAAAGGUCUUAUCCCGACGCCGUCGUCCCCUCCGCAGCAGCAGCAAUGCAGCAGCAGCAGCAGCAGCAGCACCUGUCUCUGGGGAGCUCUUGGAGAGCAUUCCAGCAAAAAGAAUGACUGUUCAUCCAGGCACUGAUGAAGCUGUAGCAGCAGCUGCUGCAGCAGCAGCAACAGCAGCAGCAGCAGCAGUAGCAGCGACGGCGGGAUCAACGACUCCCCAGCAUCGAACCAGAGCAGCUAGAACACGGCAACAACAACAGCAACAGCAGCAACAACAGCAGCAACAGCAGCAACAGCAACAGCAGCAACAGCAGCAACAGCAGCAACAGCAGCAGCAACAGCAGCAGAAUGGUUUUGAUGCCACGGAAGUUGUGUAUUGUGCGCUGCUUUCUGGAGCUGAGGACCUUGCAGCAUCACCGCUGUCGGGUGUAGAUGCAGCGAAACACCUCGAGCAUUCCCAGGCAGCAGCAGCUGCAGCAGCAGCAGCAGCAGCGGCUCCUGUUGCAGCGGCAGCUGUUGCUGCUGUGGGGGUUGCGCCUCCCUCCGCCUCCACAGCAGAUGGGAGGUACUGCUCGACUCCUCCUGCUGCUGCUGCUGCUGCACGGAAGCGUGUUGCUGCUGCAAAUGUGCGUUCUGAAUCGAGCAAGAAGACGCGACGGCAGCUGCAAUUGCAGCAGCAAGCUGGAAACACACAGAUGGCUGUCUCGGCUGCCCCCGAGGCUGUCGAGGCUGCUGUCUCUGCGGAGGCUGCUCAGGCAGAGAUAUGUGCAAGUGCUGCCGUGCAGUUUCAAGGAGCUGCUGCAGCUGCAGCCGCAGUUGCGGGAUCGUUCGAUGCCACUGAAGACUGGCAGUUCUUAGCCGAGGGAUCAGCAGACAGCAGCAGCAGCAAGAGCAGCAACGGCAAGAGCAGCAGCAGCAAGAGCAGCGACAACAAGAGCAGCAGCAAGAGUGCCUUGGUGGGGGCUGCCGGUGUGAGCGUCGGCGCUGUCAGCUCUCCCGCUGCGCUCUUUCCAGCAGCAGCAGCAGCAGCUGCUGCUGCUGCUGCUGCGUUGCCUCACGGCGUUGCAGCAGUUGAGGCUGUUGCUUUGCUGCACAGGCUGUGGGUUAGUCCGGUGCUGCAAUACGCAGAGGCUUUAGAUCCUCGCGUGCUCCCGACACGAGAGAGUUUUGCUGCCUCCUAUUCCUUGGUGCAACAGUUGGCGGAGACUGAAGAGACGGCCUUUCAGGUGUAUUGUCUCUUCCGCAUAUCCUUGGCAGAAUGGGCAACAAAACAGCUGCGCCUACUUGUGCAGCAGCAACAGAGGGAUCACCAGCAGCAACAGGAGCAGCAGCAACAGGAGCAGCAGCAGCAGCAGCAACAGCUGAAGGUAUAUUCGCACUUGCACAAGCUCGUGGUGGAGGCUUUGUCUGCCACGGUGGCAGGUUAUCGCUACCAGCAGGUGCAGCUUCAAUAUAUCGAACCUGCUGCGUUCAGGAAGCUGAUGCUGAUGUUGUGCUGCUUGGGGGAACCCCACGUUGCAGCGCUAGAAUCGUCUCCCCUCCCCUUGCGAGCUCGAGCAGUGCCUUCAGAACAAGCGAAGAACGCUGGCGCAGGAGACGGCGAGGAGCAGCCACACGGCACAAAAGACACCCCUCUCCCCGCCACGCACAACAACCCCACCAGUCAGAGAAUCAGGCGCAUCGUAGAAUGGUGCCUUCUCCCGUCCUCACAGGCUGCAGAGACCGCUGCCGUUGGAGUUGCUGCUCGGCAGCAACAGCAUCUCAGCAGCGCUCAUUCGCAGCCUCAGGCUCACCAGGAGCAGCAACAACACCAACACCAACAGCAGCAUCAACAACAGCAGCAUCAACAACAGCAGCAUCAACAACAGCAGCAUCACCAACAGCAGCAUCAACAACAACAGCAUCAACAACAACAGCAUCAACCAACAGGUCGCUUUUUCGAAGACUUGCAGCAUUUCAUGCUUGCGGAGGCAGAGAGCUAUUACAGCAGCAAGUCUAGGGAGUGGUUGGUUGAGGAUUUUGUCGCCGCCUCCGAGGCAGCGCACCAGCAGCUGUUGCAGGUUCUGUGUGCAGCGGACCGACAGCAGCAGCAGCAAGAGCACCGAAUCGACUUCAAUGCAGCGGCAGAGUGCGCUGCCGCUGCAGCCGCGCCGCGCGUAGAGCAGCAGGGGGUGUCGCACAUGCUCUGCCGCUGCUGGCUGCGUGCCUGUUGCAGCAGUUUCGGCGUGACAGCAGCAGCGGAAGCCGCGGAGGAUGAAGAAUUCGAGACUGUGGUGGUAGUGUGCAGUUGCGGCAGUGGGAGCUGCUGCCAAGGACCUCCUAAUCCGCAGCUGUUUCAGGGAGCGCAGCUGCCGCCUCCCCCCCAGCCGCGGAUGCUGCGGCUCCGUGCCUCUGCUGCGAAGCUUCUGCAGGAUUUGCAGAAGCAGACUCGCGAGGAGGAGAGUCUCAGCAACAGCAGCUACACGGAGCGUGUCCACUCGCUGCUGAUGCGCGAGCAGCAAGUCUUCAAGCUCGCAGCUCUUUGGCCACGCUUGCAACAGAAUCUUCUGCAGCGUGCUUCGAAGAUUGCGAUCAUGGAUUGUCUGCAUGUCAUUCUAUGCGGCCCAGGGGGCCUUGCAGACUUGCUGCAGCAGCACGCUUUCCUUUGUGACUUGCAUGCGGCGCCGUUCGAGCACCCCACCAGGCAGCAGCAGCAGCAACGGCUCGCUCUGCAGCUGCGUGGGCAACCGCGGCGACAAGAGACUGCGGAGGAGACGGGCUGUACGGGAGGCAGUCCUGGUGUGCAGAAAGGCAGCAGCAGCAGUACUAGCAGCAGCAGUACUAGCAGCAGCAGUACUAGCAGCAGCAGUACUAGUUGCAGCAGCAAUAGUACUAGUUGCAGUAGUUGCAGUAGUUGCAGCAAUCCAGGUGUGUCGAGAAGCUGCAACUCCUUAGCCACUGGCAAGGACUUAAUCGGGGAGGUCGACUUAUGCGCGCUUCUGAAGCAGCGAGGCUUGCUGUUGCAAUCCGUGUGGCGACUCCUUAGGCUGUACAAGCCUACGCAACAGCGACAGCAGAAGCCGAGAGAUCUUGUUACUGCCAUUGUGAAAGAGGCGGUGACAGCGAGGGUGUUGCGCAUCACAGCGCCACUGCGAGAUGACGCUUCAGCUGCUGCUACUGCUACAGCUGCUGCUACUGCCACAGCUAAGCAACCUCGCUCGGCGUCAUCUUCUGGGAAAUCACGAAAGCAGCAGCAACUGCGAGCGAAUCAGGAGGAGGAGGACGAGCACCAAGGCAAUGCCUGGCUCGGGAGCGCACAAGGCGUGGCUUGCCGCCGGUUGCUGGAAUUUCAGGGAGAAGUAAAGCGAUUGACAGACUUUGUUUUCAAAGGAGAUGUCAGGAUGGCGCAGGCGAUUUGUGCGGCCAUAAGAAACGCGCUCGUGGGUGUUCGCUCGCUGGCGACUUCUCUUUGCUGCUUCUGGGACCAUUUAAUCCCCGACUUGCAGAGUUAUUCGCAAACGAGAAAGGUUGCGAUGCACUUAGUGGCGCUGCUUCAGAACAUGCCUGAUAAGGCCACCUUUCUCGAGAUAUACAGAAGACACUUGGGAAAUCGAUUGCUGCAGCGCGGAUGUCGAGGCGUGGAGCAAGAAAAAAUGAUCGCUGAGCUUCUUGAGCGCCAUGCAGGCGUAGAACUGCAAGCAACCGUACGAAUCGCCGCGAUGCCGAAGGAUAUCGAGGCAAGUGCGCUGUUGUCAAUCGAAUUCCAGCAGCAGCAAGAGCAGAAGCUGCAGGAGCAGCUGGAGGAGCAGCAGCAGAAGCACCAUCAACGCCAGCAGCUCAUACAGCUGCAACACCUGCUACGCGCGCACAGGGAGCAGCAGCAGCAAAUACACGAGGGACGCCCCCAGCAGCAGCUCUUGCUGCAGGAGGAACAGCAGCUGCUGCAGGAGCAGCAACAACUGCUGCAGCAGCUGCUGGCAGAAGACGACGAGGAUGUGCAGCAACUCCUGUGGCUGCCCUGUCAGCAGCAACAGUUCAGAGCACUGGUUCUGCGCUGGAAUUGCUGGUCGGCGAUGGACAGACAGGCAACGCCUUUAGAGGCUUUGCAGCUGCAACUGCCACGCGAACUGUCUCUUCCUCUCGUCUCUUUCACAGCCUUCUACACCAAUAAAUACAUUAGCCGUGUUUUGGCGUGGCAGAUGCACUGCAGCAGGGUCACCCUUCGCACCUCCCUGUACUCGCCAGCUGCUGCUGCUGCUGCAGCGGCUGCUGCAACUGCGGCGGAGGCGCACCAGCAGCUCGGCAAGCGCCUCACCACUAGCAACAUCGCCAACUGCAAUAAACGGCAAAGCCCCCGCCUGCGGCCUGCUGUCUCGACACCGUGCGAGAGCAGCAGCAGCAGCAGCAGCAGUAGGAACAGAAGCAAGUGCCGAGGUGUUCAUGGCGACGACAGCAAGAUCAGCAACAAUGCAAGCUGCAGCAGUAGCAGCAGCAACACUGGCAGCAGGAGCAGCAGCCCGCUAUCCGAUGUGACGCUAGUAGAGACGGAUCCAUUUGCUGCAGGGUUGCUGCUGUUAUUCAACGACGACACAUUAGCGGCGGAUGGACUGUCUCUAGAGGUUUUACAGUCUGAGAUGCAUCUCAGCCCGUCCGAAUUGGCAGACGCUGCAGCAGCGUUGCUGCAGCCUUUCCCACUGCUGCGGAUCCUUCCCCCAGCGAAAGCGUUAGAUCAGCAACAGUCCGAGGAAGAGGAGGAAAAGCAGCAGAAGCAGCGAACUUUUCAAGAGCAAGAGAACGCCCUCGAAGAGCUCACUGAAGCUGUGCGAGCAAAGCUGAUUGCUGGCUGGCGGCUGCGCUUGAACGAAACUUUCUGCUACAGCGGCAGCAAGGGCAACAGCAGGAGAACUACUGUUAUCCGUUGUGCACCUCCUCUCUCGCUGUCAGCAAUAUACACCGAUGGCAAGCAUGCCCGUCGAGAGCAGAAGAAGCGGGAGGAGGCAACGGAGGCAGCCGAGCUGUCUGCUGCGGAUCGCAAGACACUUCUUGAAGCCUCGAUCGUGAGGAUCUUGAAGCAAGCGCACAAAAUGGAGGAAGCAGCACUUGCUGCAGAAGUUCAGGGGCCAGAGCGGUCCGCAGCAGCCGAGCAGCUUUUGCAGCAAGCGCUGGCGUCACUGAUCGAGAGAGAGUUCUUAAGAAGAGACGAAGAGAAUCCGUGA